CGGGGUCACUGAACUUGUGUCUUUGAACGGUUACAAAACAUAAAGAUAUGUCGUAUAUAAUAUAGCUGACAGCUUUUAAUAGCAGGAAGUCCAAAAUGGCUUCAGACAAACAUGUACCUUGUGGACCGUGUAAGUUUGAUGAUUUCACGAUUGAAGCAGGAAGUUGGUGCACUAAUUGUGAAGAAGGGUUAUGUGAAGAUUGCGAAAACGUUCAUAGAAAAAUCAAAUUAUUACGAAAUCAUAAGGUCAUUUCAAUAGAAGAUUAUCGUAAGAUUGAAAAUGUUACCAUUUCUUUGGUUUGUGAACUUCAUGGAGAAAACCUAGAGUUGUUCUGUCAAAAUCACGAUAAAGCCCUGUGUAAGGCUUGUAUCAGGUCACUUAACAAGUUAUGUCCUGGUGUUGUACCAAUUAGUGUUGCAUCAAAAAAAGCAAGACAAUCAACUGCUUUAUCUGACCUUGAGAAAGAAAUCCAGGGAACACUUCUUAACAUGCAAGAAUUCACAAAAAAUCGUGAAUCCGCUACUAAAGAAAUUGAAAAGCAAGAAUUGAUGGUUAAAAAUAUAGUUUUUGAAACGAGAACAAAAAUAAACCGCUACCUAGACAAGCUACAGGAAAAACUAUUGCUCAAACUAGGUUCUAUAUCUGACAAUUGUAAAUCGAAAAACAAGGAACUCCUUCAAAAACUAGAAUCAAAGACAAAAUUGCUAAUCAAACUAAAUGAACAGACCCUUCAAUUGAAACAACUGUCUUCUGAUAUACAACUGUUUCUCGGAACGCGCCAGGUCAAUGAACGGAUCGUUAGCGAGAUCAAAUCCAUCAAGAGUGAAAUGAGUGCUACCAAAGAUUUUGAAUUAAAAGUAGAUAUUCAUAGUUUAAUUGAAAAUUUCUCAAAAAAAGUUGAGGACUUUGGACAAAUAAAGGUAUUGGAAAGUUGUACUGAGUUUGAAUUCAGAAACUACAAAAUGGAUCAAGCUCAAAUUGAGGCCAGCGUCCCAGCAUCGGGAAUCCUUUCCAAUAUGAAACUUCAGUUAAUUAAAACAUUUCAAAUGAAGAGGGAAAACGACUUCGUAAUAGAUGUUAGAGGUUGCGUCAUAUUACCGAAUGGUAAUUUGUUGAUGACGAAUUACUCAAAACAGAAUCAACUUGUAGAGUACAAAUAUACCGGUGAACACAUGCGUGAUAUUCAAGUCUCGGCGUUGCCAUUUUUCAUUGCAGUUAUAGAUCCUAAUCGUAUUGCUGUGACGUACGGGGACACCGCGAAAUUCAUGGAAAUAAGAAAUACUCAUUCUUUUCGCGCCGAAAAAGAAAUUCGAUUACCAAGUAAUGGUUAUGGAGUAUCACAUGAGGAUGGCAGACUUUAUGUAAAAAGUGGAAACUCUACAAUACAAGUCAUGGAUUUAUCCGGAAAACAAUUGGAAACAUUGAAAUUAUCAUCUGAUAGUGUGCUUAACAUUACAACUAGCAGAGACAAGAUAUUCUACACAGAUUACAAGAAGAACAUAGUACAUUGUUGUCGUUUGAAUGGAGAAGAGUUAUGGCAGGUUAAAAGGGAAUCCGUUUCACACCCUUAUGGUGUAACAGUAGACCAUGACCGUAACGUUUAUGUUGUCGGUCUUGUAUCCAAUAAUCUUACAAUCAUACAACAAGAUGGGAAAGACAGUAAGACACUACUGACAGAAUCAGAUGGACUAUUUUACCCACAGGCUGUGGACUUUGAUAUGGAUAAAAGAACACUACUCAUAUGUAAUAAAGGAGGGAAAGUUUCAAUGUACAAAGUCGUGUAACACUUUCACAUCAUAUUACAUGAGAACAUUCCGUAAGACUUCGCAUGUUUACCGAUAAGAAAACAAACAAAAUGAGCUUUGUCCUCCUUAAAGCAGUGAUCCGUUAUAUUUUUAACUAGAUUAUCAUAUGGAAAGUUCUGGUUGAAACUUUGAUGAUGUUUUGUAACUCGUAUGUUUAUUAGGAUUUCUUUGUAUUAGAUUUU